AUGUUCCAAAGCAAGUACGUCGCGAAGAAGAUCGUCAACUACUGUGCCGACAAGGAAAUCGAAUGGUCCUUCAUACCGCCGCGAAGCCCACACUUUGGCGGUAUUUGGGAGGCCGGCGUAAAGCAGGUCAAGCAUCAUCUGAAACGAAUUGUUGGAGAACGAAGAUUGUCCGAUGAGGAGCUCUACACGACGUUGACGCAGAUAGAAGCUGUACUAAAUUCUCGAACUUUAGUACCGGCUUCGAACGACCCAUCAGACUACACUGCGAUAACACCAGCGCAUUUCCUGAUUGGACGUGAAAUGCAAACUUUUCCAGAAGAUGACUACACGACGCUGAAGGAGAAUAGGCUUUUGCGAUGGCAGUUGGAGCAAACGAUGCUGCAAUUCUUCUGGAAAAGGUGGACAGCGGAAUAUUUACCGGAACUACAGAACAGAUCCAAGUGGCUAAAGACGAAGGUCAUUAGAGUUGGAUCACUUGUGUUGGUGGUCGAUCAGAACGCGCCACCGUUGCAAUGGCCCCUUGGAAGAAUCAUUGCUACACAUCCGGCAGAAGACGGCGUGACACGCGUAGUUACAGUGAAGAUGGCGAAUGGAGCUGAAUUCAAGCGUGCUGUGACAGAAGUGUUUGCUACCGUUAGAUGA